UCAACACAUUCGUUUUAAGAGUGUGUGCCAGCCGUGUCACCGUGUCACCGUAUCUAAUCUUUGCACUUUGACACACCUAGCCUACAAUAUGUUGAAACGGCUGUAGUUUUAAUGGCUGUGUGCUUCAAUGAAGACCUGUGUGUGAAGUUUGACAUGAAAUACAUGCACUUUGUUAACAGAGAGUUGGCCUACAGCAGCUUCAUCUCCAGAAGGAUUGUGUCGUGCUUUCAACACAGAGUUGCCAGCACAGGCUGGUUCGUGGACUGACAGAGAGAGAGAAGGAGCAAGAUGGCUGCCGAAGCAUGCAUUCUUAAGGAAAAAGACUUUUCAAAACUCCCUGACCUACGAGUGGUACUUCUGGGGGGGACAGGAUCUGGGAAGAGUUCAUCAGGAAACACCAUCCUGGGCAGAGAGGAGUUUGACCUGAAGACAAGAACAGCUCAGUGUGUGAAGAGACAGGGAGAAGUAGCAGGCAGACAGGUCACUGUAGUCGAGGCUCCAGGCUGGUUUCCCAAUAUUGGCCUGGCAUACACUCCUCAGAUAACCAAAGACGAGAUUGUGCUCAGCAACUCCAUCUGUGCACCAGGUCCACAUGCUUUCUUACUGGUCUUAUGUGUGGAUCACACAGAUAAUCACACCAGAUAUUGGAGAAAGAUUGUUGAGACACACGUGGAGCUUCUUGGCGAGCGGGCAUGGAAUCAUACCAUGGUGCUGUUCAUUUGUGGAGACCUGCUGGGAGGCACCAGCAUUCAGGCGUACCUCAAGGGAAGAGGGAAGAAUCUCAUGCACCUGCUGGAGAAGUGUGGGAAUAGAUAUCACGUCUUUAGCAACAACAAGAAGCGGGCUGGUGGCCAGGGCACGACCGAAAAUGACACUCAAGUCACAGAGCUGCUGGAGAAGGUAGAGGCAACGGUAGCGUCCAACUCUGGCCAACACUAUGAGGUGGACAGGACGAGACUGAAGGAAAUACAGGAGAAGAAGAAGAACGAAGAACAGAGAGCCCAGACACGAGUGUCAAAGAUGGAGGAGCAAAGAAAACACCUCCAGACACUGAAGCGUGAUGCACAUCCACCCUCAGAGUUCCGAGUUGUCCUCUUUGGGUACAGACAAUCUGGAAAGAGUGCAACAGGAAACACCAUCCUGGGCAAAGACGAGUUUAAAGUGAACAACCUGACAGCGAGCUGCGUGGUGAGAGAGGGAGAGGUAGGAGGCAGGAAGGUCACUGUGGUCGAGGCUCCGGGAUACACCAAAACAUUCAACGAUACUCCUAAUGUGACGAAAAAGGAGAUGGGCUAUAGUGUGUCACUGUGUCCUCCAGGACCACAUGCUGUGCUUCUGGUCAUUUCUGCUGCUCUGUCUUUCCCCAAAGAAGAGUGCACAAACAUGCAAGAACACUUGAAGCUUCUUGGUGAGGGCGUGUGGAGUCACACCAUGGUGGUCUUCACCCGUGGGGACUGGCUGGGAGGCACAUCGAUUGAACAGGUCAUUGAGAGUGAAGGAGAGAGCCUGCAUAGGGGUCUGGUUGAGAAAUGUGGCAAUAGGUAUCACAUCCUCAACAACAGCAACAAGAGAAAUAGGACUCAGGUCAUCGAGCUGCUGGACAAGAUUGAGGAAAUUGUCGCAGGAAAUGGUGGCCGUCACUAUGAACUUGACGGGAAGAGACCAGAGGAAAAGAAGACAGAACAUGAACAGAGGAUAACAGACAGACUGAUGAAGGUGAAGAAGCAAAGAAAAUAUCUCCAGUCUCUCAAAAGCAGUUCUCCUCCUCUCUCAGAGUUCAGAAUUUUGCUGUUGGGACACAAAGCAUCUGGGAAGAGUUCAUCAGGAAACACCAUCCUGGGUGGACAGACGUUUGACCUGGACAGAAAAAUAACUCGGUGUGUGAAGAAACAGGGAGAAGUAGCAGGCAGACAGGUCACUGUGGUCAGGGCCCCGGGCUGGUGGAGAAAGAGCACUCUCAGCGACACUCAUAAGCUAAUUAAAGAAGAGAUUGCGUUCAGUGUGUGUCUGUGUCCUCCAGGACCACAUGCUGUCUUGCUGGUCAUACGUGUAUUUGAUUCUAUGCCAAAAAACAUCAAAACUAUCAUCCAGGAACACCUGGAGCUUCUUGGAGAAAGUGUCUGGAGUCAUACCAUAGUGCUGUUCACUCGUUGGGAUUGGCUCGGAGACACAACCACUGAGCAGUACAUUGAAAGUGAAGAGGAAGGCUUCCACCAGUGGCUAGUAGAGAAAUGUGGCAACAGGUAUCACACAUUCAACAAUGAGGACUGGACAGUUGAUCAGGUGGAACAGCUGCUGGAGAAGAUCGAAGAGAUGGUGGCUGGAAACGAAGGGCGUCACUUUGAAAUGGACAGUAAGCGCCUGAAUGAAUUACAGGAAGUGAAGAGGACAGCAGAACAGAAGGCGAAAAAAAGAAUGACACGGGUACUGGAACGAAGACGGCAGCUACAAGUUCUGAAAAGUUGUGAACCACCACUUUCAGAGCUCAGGAUUGUGCUACUGGGAAAGGGGUGUCUUCAGAUAAGUGCAAUAGGCAACACCAUCCUGGGCAGAGAAACGUUUGACCUGAAGAGAAAAACACCUCAGUGUGUGAAGGGAGAGGGAGAAGUAUCCGGCAGACGGGUCACUGUUGUCCAGCCUCCAGGAUGGCAUCCUCUUGCCUCUCUCGAAGCCACCUCUGAGCUCACCAAACAGGAGAUUGAGCUCAGUGUGUCUCUGUGUCCUCCGGGACCUCACAUUUUCCUCCUGGUCAUUUGGGCCAAUAGUUGCUUUACUGAACAACAGAGACAAACUAUUCAAGAACACGUGGAGCUUCUCGGCAAAACAGUAUGGAGUCACACAAUGGUGCUGUUCAUCUAUGGAGCCUGGUUGGGAGACACGACCAUUGAGCAGUACAUAGAGAGUGAAGGAGAGGCCCUGCAGUGGGUGGUAGAGAAAUGCCAGAACCAGUACCACGUCUUCAACAACCACAAUAUGGCCGAUAGCGGUCAGGUCUCACAGCUGCUAGACAAGAUCGACGAAAUGGUAGCAGGAAAGAGUGGUGCUCACUACGAGAUUGAUGCAGAGAGACUGGAAGACGUCCAAGAAAAGAGGAGGAAGGAGGAUGAGAGAGCCAGAGAGAGAGCAGUGCAGGUGGAGAAGCAAAGACAGAAGAACAAGGCGCUGGCUCAAGUUCAUGACGUGCCCACCCUGCCAGAGUUUAGGAUUGUGCUGCUGGGACAGAGAACGAAAUCUAAGAGCUUAGCGGGCAACACCAUCUUGGGCAGAGAGGAGUUUGACGUGAACAGAGCAAUAGCUCUGUCUAUGAAGAGACGGGGAGAAGUAGCAGGCAGGCAGGUCACUGUGGUAGAGGCACCAGGAUGGUGGAAGAAUAGUCACUUGAAAGACACCACAGAGCUCACCAAACAGGAGAUUGUGCUCAGUGCGUCUUUGUGUCCUCCAGGCCCACAUGUUGUCCUACUGGUUUUAAGUCAAACUGAUUCUUUAAAAGAGCAAGACAGGAUCAUCACUGUGAAACAUGUUGAGCUUCUCAGUGAGAGAGUCUGGAGUCACACCAUGGUGCUGUUCACUCAAGAGAACUUAAUGGGAGCCGUACCCAUUGAGCAGUACAUAGAGAGUGAAGGACAGGCCCUGCAGUGGGUAGUUGAGAAAUGUGGUAACCGAUACCACGUUCUCGACACUCACAAUAAAGAAGAUGCCACACAGGUGACACAGCUACUGGAGAAAAUUGAAGAGAUGGUGGCAGGAAAUAGGGGCCGUCACUUUGAGAUGGACACAAAGAGAGUGGAGGAAACCCUGAAGAGGAGGAAGAAACAGGAAGAGUCUGCAAAAGAGAGAAUGAUGAAGGUUGAGAAACAACAGCAACUUCUCCGAUCUCUGAAACGCGAAGCACCUCCUCUUAAAGAGUUAAGGGUUGUGCUGCUCGGCUGCAGAGGCUUUGGAAAGACUUCGUCUGGAAAUAUCAUCCUUGGCAAAGAUGUGUUUGACGAUAAAACGAAAACAGUGCGGUGUGCCGAGAGACGGGCUGAGGUGAUAGGCAGACUGGUGACUAUCGUUGAUACGCCGGGAUGGUGGAAUGGACUCCACUUUUCAGACACUCCUGAGCUCACCAAACAGGAGAUUGUGAGCAGUGUGUCUCUGUGUCCUCCAGGACCACAUGCCCUCCUAGUGGUUGUGUCUGUGAAGGAAUCCUUCAUGAAGAAAACUUGGGAAAAUAUUCAGGACCACUUGAUGCUUCUCGGUGAAAGAGUCUGGAGUCAUAUCGUGGUAUUGUUCACAGAUAGAGACUGGCUGGGAGACACCACCAUUGAGCAAUACAUUGAGUGUGAAGGAGAGAGCCUGCACUGGCUUGUUGACAAGUGUGGAAACAGAUAUCAUGUCCUCAACAAUCAGUCUCGAUCAGAAGAUCAGGUCACACAGCUGCUGGAGAAGAUAGAGGAGAUGGUAGCAGGAAAUGGUGGACGUCACUUUGAGGUUGACACAACUAUUCUACAGGAAGUGGAGAAGAAGAGGAGUCACCUCACUACAAGAGUGGAGGACAGAGAGGCAAAAGCUUACAGACAGGACGCUACUUUUAAAUUUGUCAUGGGUGAAACUCCGCCUCUCUCAGAGGUCCGUGUGAUGUUCCUGCAGUACAAAGAGAAAUCCACAUCAGCCCACGGCACUGAAAGCAAAGACGACAACGACAACUCCGAUACCGGCCAAGACCCCAUCGAUUGCCCGACGAGACGGUGGGAGUACGGUGGGAAGCAGAUCACGAUGCCGUUCGUCACAAUGACCCCAUGCAGGAAGGCUCUGGAGCAGACCAGGAGACAGAUGGCGUCCGGCAUGUCAGUGUGUGCUCCGGGCCCACACGCGUUCCUAACGGCCGUGUGCAUGGACCUGCCCUUUUCCGAGACGUGGCGGAGAGAGAUCCAGGAGCACCUGGAGCUCGUUGGCGGCAGGGCCGUCUGGCAGCACAACAUUGUGGUGUUUUACUCGUCAGCAGGAUGGACCCCGGAUCAGUACAUCGAGAGCGAGGGCGGGCCCCUGCACUGGCUCUUGGAGAAGAGCGGCAACAGAUACGUGGAGAUGGUGAGUGAGAGCAGCUGGACCGAGGUUCUGAGGAAGAUCGAGGAGGCGGUGGCUCUGACCGGCGGCAGCCAUUUUGACGCUGAAGAGCUGGGCAGCAGGAUGGGUGAGGUGGAGCCUGAGAACUGGAGGCUGGAGGUGCAGCAGCUUGCUGACCGAAUAAAGGAGCAGGAGCUGGUCAAGAGCAUGGACACUCCACCACAGAUGGGAGAUGACAGGUCUGACAUAGAGCUGGCCAAGAGCAUGGACACUCCACCACAAAUGGGAGAUGACAGGUCUGACAUAGAGCUAGCCAAGAGCAUGGACACUCCACCACAAAUGGGAGGAGAUGACAGGUCUGACAUAACUUCAGAGAGCUCAGCCUAUGGCACAAACAUCUCAGACACAGCAUCUGAAGCCCCCUCAGAACAAGACUCUGUGAUGUCAGCAGCUACCAGCUCUGGGAUUGGCUCAGUAAUGGCUCACUGAGCUAAAAGCCCAGGCUUCCAACUCAGUGGUUAGAAGCGUUUUUAAGGUUAGGGCUGUGAGGAUUUACACGGGGAACUAGCAUGCUAGCUCAGUCUGCCUCCGUUACACUUACUAACUUUUAAUUAAAUAAAAUCAGGCAAUAAAUCAGGAGGAGUAUUUUGUGCACAUAGAAGGAAUCGUAAAUAUUAUUUUCAACUCAUGAAAAAUGAGAGCAAAAGCAAAAUGGUUGCAUCUUGUUCAGUAGCCUACAUGAAGGCACAGUUGUUAGCAUUGCUGUCUGAUCAAAGUGCUUGUAGUCAUACAAUAAAGCUUUCUAAAUAAAACCA